UAUCGAUCUAUCAAAUUCUGGGGCAACUCGUGAAUCUCAGCCUACUCGCUGAUUCGACCGGAACACUCAUUCACUCGCUGCGUUGAUCAAUCAGAUGCCCGCUUGUGCUGGCACGGUCGCGGAAAACGUCGCUAUCGACCUUCCGUCGACUGCGGAUCUGUCCCUGCCCCAGAACCUCAGAUUUUGGAAGCUCAAAGCUCGGAGCUGGGGUGAAUUUUUCUCCGGAGGAACGAGGCCGAGAAGCUCGCUCCUCUGUCCCCACCGACUUCAAUCCACUACUCACAGCCACUGGACCAUUGCACCUCUCAGGCUGGAGGUACCAGUCGCUUCUGGUCAGUGCGUCCCAAUCAUGUUGACCGGGAUUGACGGCCAUGGUGUAAGUCUGCUUGAUUCUUAUCGGGAUAUCCACUUGAUUGGACACAUGGUGAUCAUCUCAUCUGUGGAAUGUUCCUCAAUCGAACUUUGCUCGGCCACGAAGCGAGUUUAACUCACUUGAUGCCUUCCUGAAACAGGUCCAAAAAGAACCUGAAUAGGUUUUUCUCCGAAGUCCGACUGUGUGUCGGACUUCAAGCUUCAAGCUUUGGAGCUUGCAGACAUUUGACACGUGAUUGUUUGAGGCGAGCACGCGAGAAGAAUCGCACCAGGAGUUCGAUGAGCUUUUUCCUUAACCUCGAAAUAUGACCUAACAUAUCAUCCACGAUACAUCGAGGCUUUGGAGAUGGGCAGCCCUCGACGUUGUAUAUUGUAUCAAUGCAGAACUGCUGCAGGAUGAUUCGGAUGAGCUAAGUAUUACUGACAGACAUGGAAGGCGCCUCUUCCGACCCUCCAGAGUACGCUCUUUCAACCCUGGCUACUCGCACGUCAUAGCGCAGAUACCAAGUCUUCUUCCCAAGUUUUUGCGCGAGGAGGUGCUCUAAGUUACUCUUCCAGUUGCGAAUGGCGUCCUCGUCCUUCCAGUACGAUAUCGUAAUCCCGGAGCGGAUCUGCCAAGUCGUUCAACACCUGCCUUGGACAAGAGAUGACACAGAAUCUAUGCCGACGAAGCCUGGCUGUUCGUGGGCCAACGCGUCCAUUCUCGCGGCCAUUUCAGGGUACCCAUCUCCUUCUACUGCACGGCGGGUCGACGUGAAGAUCACUGCAAAGUAUGGAACUGAGGAUUCAAUCAUUGCGAUGGGAGAGUAAGAAUGCAGGGGUAAAUGCUACUUGAUUGAGACUGAAGAUGAGUCAUGGCACUUUGACUCACUCGAGGUUGGCUGAUCGAGUAAUUAUACAUUCCGAGAUCACACACAGAUCGGAUGUUAUCAUGUUAUAAAUAGCUCGUCAGCAAUAUACGAGCGAGGCGCGCCGAGGAGAGCAAGAGCGAGUGAAUGUCGACCCGUCGUCUGGACUCAAGUAAGGAGCGGAGCAUUCAUGCCAUGAUCCGAGCGCCACUUGCAGUCCGGGCCGCCAGGAUCGAGGCCAAAUGCGGCCGGGCCGGGGUCGAGAGCAUCGCCUGGCGCAGAUGAUGAGCGAAGCACUACAUAAGCAACGCCUAGAUGAUAGACCCAAUGACCAACGAAGAGUGUGUCUUGACGGUCAUGGUCGCAGGUGCUACAAGGCCAUGUGCAGUGUCCGCAUUGGCCCGUGGUCUCCCGUGGUGUCGGGACGCUCUUUGGGUUUAUUUGUGUAGUCCUUGGCAAACGUUCCUGAUGUGCGUUUUCGCCGGAUUUGAAUGUCGUGGAAACAUCUGUCUUUGACCGUGUCUUCCCUUCGGAAAUCACGCAUUUGCUGCUCAGGCAAGCUGUCGGGGGCAGAUAGCACGCUGGUUCGUACCUGUAACAGAUCUCUGCUUUGUCAGUUGACCUAUCUCGAACGUGCCUUCUGCUAGAGCGUCAUCCACACACAAGCUUUCUCCGGCGAUUUGUUUUCGCCAUCAGUCCUGUGUACACACGCCGCCACUUUCUUUCUCGCGAGGUCAACACGUCUUGUCGAUUUGACUCUCUCCUCGUACCUCCUCCCCCCGUAACCCCUUGUCGCCAGGUCAGCGGUUUCCGCCGCUUGCAGGUCUGACCCCCUGCACAACGCGUAUCGUGCCGUCAUUCCUGACGCCCGUGGUCGGAGGAUCCGGAUAGGAUAGUCUACCGUCAUAAGACCCUGGGACGCCUUUGGCCACGGACAACGUUAUGGAGCAAUGUUCCCCCCCAUCCACCUCCUCGUCUGUGUCCUCGUCUCCGCGACUCUCCCACCUCUCGACUUCUACGUCUACAUCACUCUCCUCAGCGUUCUCGGGGUCCGAGCUAUCUUCUCUCCCGUCGCCUUCCGUUUCCCCCGCCCCCCGCGAAAGUUUGUCCGAGAUCAUUAGUCCCGUAGGGGCCAAAACCCAUGCCUUCUUUGCGUCCCCUUUCACGACCCGCCCGCCUUCCCCACCGACACAUACGCCAAAUGCCAGCACCAGCACCAUCACGACCCCGUCGAUCCCCAUCGUCAUCCCGCCCCGCUCGCGAAGUCCCCCGAUAGGGUCCUAUGUGCCCAAGAAACCGCGUGAUUACCUUUGGCUCGAUCUGAACCCUAAAAGCGUCCACGACCUCAGUCGCGCUCCGAGCCCCAUCUCGGCUUAUCAUCCAGCUGAGGACACGACACCGAAGCCCCCACACACUGUGCCUGCAAUCCAUGAGGAGCUUGUCCCAGGGUGCAUCCUGCGCGCCAAAGUCCCUGCGCGAUCGGGAUCUGUAUCUACGCACAACUCCGGCUUCCUCACGUCGGGGUCCUCUUCUCCGCUACCCCAAUCUCCACUCGCCAGCAUCACCGGCCUGCCCGAUACCCCAGCAUCGCAUUCGGUAUCAUUCUCUGGCCUCCCUCCCGGGGACUCUGACGUCAGUCCUCCAUUAUUAACCGUGGACUCGCCGAAAGAGCAAGAAACCACGCUGAAACUGAUGGAACCCCUGGGCACUGGUGCUUUCUCCAGUGUUUGGCUCGCCGAGGAUCUGUCCGAGGAUCCGCUAGUCUUGCGUCGCAGGCGGAGUAUCCGGAACCUUCGUCGAGAAGGCUCGUUGCCCGCAACGCGAACGAGCUCAUUGCGAAGGGUCCGUGUUUCAGGUGUUCGGCCGCUCGGGGCAGGCAAACAACUCUUUUUCCAGCGUGAGAGGAACGGGACGCUCCAUACAUCGCCUUCGAAUUCCGCUUUGAAUAGUACACGUCUCGUCGCUCUGAAGCUGACUGCCCGGACCUCAUGUAUCCAGGUCAACACUCGAGAUGAGGAACUGCAACGAGACCGGACCCGGGUCAGCUUUGUGCGAGAAGUCGAGGUUCUGAGGCACAUCUCGCAUCCAAAUAUCACGAAGCUGCUCGCGCAUCUUACCACACCCUCUUAUCAUGUUCUGGUCCUGCCAUACAUCUCUGGCGGCGAUCUCCUGGGCCUAGUCAACAACGACUACUCGCAUCGCCUUCUCGGAGAGUCUCUCCUCCGCCGCAUGUGGUCAGAGCUGUGCAAAGCGGUAGAAUGGAUGCACGGGGUUGGACUUGUUCACCGGGAUGUGAAACUCGAAAAUGUAUUGCUUACGGCGCCAUUUCCCUUCACUGGUGCCCCACCUUCUGGCCCCCUUAUCAAGCUCACCGAUUUUGGGCUGUCUCGCUUCAUCGAUGUCGACGCUCCGAUGCUGAGCACCCGUUGUGGCAGUGAAGCCUAUGCUGCCCCUGAACUCGUGAUCAGUGGGCGCAAGUACGACGGGCGAGAAACGGAUGCCUGGGCAUGUGGCGUUGUUCUUUACGCACUCUGCGUCAGAACCUUGCCCUUUGGCGAAGGUGCCCUGAGCCCGGGACCGGACGCCAAGAUCGGUCGCGAGGGUGGCCUCAGGGAUAGUGCUGGGGCUCGCCGACACUGGCUUAUGUGUAUUGCCCGAGGAGAAUGGGAAUGGCCGCGCAGCGAGCUUCCGAGGAUGAAGACCACGUCGUCCACUGAUUCUGACGCUACUGUGCUUCCGGAGGCCUCGAUUUCGGACGAACCCGAGUCUUAUGAGUUGAUGGGGCCCCAGUUGGUCGAGUCUGCGGGCGCGAGGCGUAUCGUUGAGCGUCUGUUGGUCCGGGACACGACUCGCCGCGCGAAGUUGAGCGACUUGUGGAACGAUGAUUGGAUGUUGGGUGGCCUGAAUGGGUCCACGACCCAAGCACGCGCCGCGGAGACGGAAACCACGAGCCCGCUCAGUCCUACUUUCUCCGGCUCAGAAGCAGGCUCGGAUGAAUACUCUGUGGACGGGUUCCGAGGUGACUAUCCAGAACUCGACGAGGAACAAGUCGAGGGAUUCGACGAUGAAGACCUCGAGGACGAAGAGGAUCUUCACGACUAUGGAUUGCUCCUGGACCAGGAUAGCAUUGAUAAUAUUGCAAGGCAGGAAGUGAAUUAGCCUGGCUGGGUGAUUCCGAUUAUUUAUCUUUAUCUCUAAACACAACCCGCAUUGCUACAUUACAACCAACCACCACAUUCCUACCCUCCCUGUGUUUCUAGUCCCGCCUUUCCUUCUUCAAAACCACAUUUACCGUACCAGCACUCUAUUCUGUACCCUUUGUAUCUGGGCUGUUGUUUGUGUUCAUUCGUUGUUUUCGCACGUUUAUAUAUAUAUACCUAUCUACCUACAUAGAUGUGAAUGUACAGAUCAGUUUCAAGUUUCCGGGUGUCUUUGUCUGUGCUUGCGUAUGAGUCACACCCGCGAUCGAUCACGUGGAGGCCUGUGCCAGGUUUCGAGCGAAUCAUAGCCAAUCCGGGCGUAAUAAAUCAACUCUCUUUGCGCAUUGCGCAGCCGGAAUCGUCCCUGAACAUGUUCCGUUGACAACGCAGGACUUUGUGGCGCGUGCCACACAACAAUUCCCACGAUUCGAAUGUGGCAAUCCAAUCCGAGAAGCCGUUUUAUCUGCUCUUACUCGUUUUUUGGUCUUAUUUGGGAUAUAUCCAGCGGGUGAUUCACAUCGGUAGGGAGUAGAGAGUUGUAGCACAUACAGUAUUAUCACCUG